AUGGCCUCUCCUACUGCCUCGCAACAACCUUCUACAGAAACUUCGGAAGUGGAACCACAUCUACAAUUGACCCCACAUGUACUCCUCUGCAUCAACAUUGGGGAUGAUGUCCCCUCUCCACUGCUUCAGCUUUUGUCUUUUGAAAAAUUGACAGACGAUGAAAAUGACAAUGCCCAAUAUAAGGUUGUUUUGUCUGAUGCCACGCACAUGCAAUUGGCGAUCCUCCCACCUAAGUAUAGUGAUUUACUUAUUUCAAAGACAUUAAAGAUUGGCACUAUCCUAUCAUUGACAGCUUAUGCUUGUAGAAAUAUUUGGAACUCGAGGACUAUAGUAAUUUUCAGCCUUGCUAUCAAAUUUACCAAUUCUCCAUUGCUUGGGAAACCUAGAUAUCUUUUUAAAGAGCAAGAACAACAAAUGUUGGGUCAAGACACACCUGCCACAACUAAACGAUCUCUUAAAUUUGGAAUACACCUCCUACCUGUGCAGCACGAAUCUUUUGUCAAUAUCAGCCCGAGUAAAGCCUUGAACCCCUUUCAAAAUAAAUGGACGAUAAAGGGACAUGUGACAAACAAGAAGAAGAUGCAUCAGUACAGUACACCAAAGUCCACUGGCCAAGUAUUUAGCUUUGACAUGAUAGAUGAUGAAGGUACUGAAAUUAGAAUAACUUGCUUUGGUGAUGUAACAGAGAUGCAUUAUCAUAGGGUUGAACCAGGAACAUAUUAUACUAUGUCAAAAGGUUGCGUUAAAGAAGCUAACACAAAAUGGAGUAAGCUUAACAGCCAUCUUGAGAUAACUUUGGACAACAAUUCAAUAUUGAAGCGUUGUGAUGUUGUUGUUAAAAGUCAAGCAAAUAAUUCUCAAUUCAUACCAAUCAAUGAAAUUACAUACUGCACCAACAACACUUUAGUUGAUGUUAUUGGUAUUGUAGUUGUUGUUGGAGAACCCUCAUUAAUUCGCAGGAAGGAUGGAAGCGAAGUAAUGAAGAGAACUGUAAAAAUAAAUGAUGUCUCAACUUUUACUAUCGAUGUUAACUUAUGGGGAGCAACAUGGCAAGGGCUAGGUGAAGAAUUGAAAAACAUGCACACAACCCAAACAGUUGUUGUCCUUGCAGUCAGAAAUGCUCGUGUUGGUUAUUUCAAUGGAAAGGUGAUCAACACAACCACGGCAACAACUCUAAAUAUAAACCCUUCUAUCCCUGAAACAGAGACACUUAUGUCAAGAGGAAAGAUUCUAGAUGCCCUUUUACCACUAUCGUGUGUUGCUGGAUAG